UACAAGAAUUUCUCGUUUGGUAAAAAACAUUGAAAUUUUAUUUUAAGUUUAUAAAAAUAUCUAAAGUUGAUUUUUAAAAAACAGUUUUAGAGAUUUAACUGUUUUCACUGUUUAUAAUUGCAACAUGUUUUGAGCAUUUACUUAAGGAAACUUUUUAAAUUAUACGUAAAUAAAUUCCAAUUAUAACGCAACAAAAUUUCGAGGGAGAAGUUCGAUUGUGUUUAGCUUAUGAAAAGGGCAAUUAGGAAAUGCAAAAAUCAAUUAGUGCUACAAAAAAUCCAAGUUAUAGAAAAUGCCAUGUGAAGGUUGUAACAUUCAAUUUACAGUUUUUAAAAGAAAACGUAACUGCAGUGAAUGUAGGCGAUUCUACUGUAAUCAAUGUCUAGUCAAACGUAACAGUUCAUCAAUUUUAUGUGAAAAAUGUAUAAUUUUUACGAAACGACCUUUAUUAAAGGUUGAUUUACAGAAAUUAAAACCAAAAGAUUUAAUAUUUUAUUUACAAUCAAAGCAUAUAUCAACAAAAGGAUGCGUUGAAAAGGAUGAAUUAGUUAACCUAAUACUGGCUCAUGUAAAUUCUUUAGACAAUACUUCAAAUAGUUACAAAAGCGAAAAUAAUUCACCAAAAAAUCAAUCGAAUAGUAACCAUUUCAAGCAUUCUUCUUCUUCAAAUAGUUUUAGCAGCAGCAAAAUGGGUUCGCAAGAUAAUUCAAAUCCAUUUGACCAAAUAAAGCAAACAUGUCAUAAUCUUUUUACUAGUUUUACUGACAAAAUAGCUGCGGAUUUGAAUUUGGCGAAUCAAAAUAAAUCGUCAAAUCGACAAGAAAAUAGUGCAGGAACGUCUAGGCCUGACAACGUUUCAGAUCAACCAAGAGUUGUUAGGUGUGAAAUACCAACUUAUAGAAGUCAGAACGACCAAGUUUCGAUGAAUUCUGAAGAACGAGAUCGAAGACAUAGCGCGAAAGUCCCCGGAAGAAACUCUAUCGUGCCAAACUCAAAUGAAGCAAGUAGUUUUGAAGAUAAAAGUUCUAAAUCUAAUACGGCAAGUACAACACCAAGUAGUCCAACAAGUCCUUUAAAAAGUCCUUCAAAUUCAAAUUCUACUCAUAGUCUGGCUCAGGAAGCGGAAUCAAAUUUAACUACAGUAAAUGAGGAACAAAAAGAGUUUGGGAGAAAAAAUUCGAAAGAUAUGCCUAGUAUUCAUAAAAAAUCUAACUUAAACAAUAAGAAAAUGUUUAAAAACGUUUUUUCAACUGAAAACUGUGGUGAUUUAAAUGGUUCUCUGAUAGAAAACGGAACAAAUAGUGCAAAUAAUUCUGGCUGUGAAUGUUCAGACGACGAAAUCAUCGCUAGUUUUAAAGAAAGAAAAAGGAAGUCUGAAAACACACUUCAAAAUUCUGGAAACGAGCUGAAAAGUCCAGAAAAAGUCAACUUAGACAAUAAAGAAGUAAAUGAAUUAUCAAUCAAUUCGCCACAAAAAUGCGAAGACUCUUCCACUUCUUCCUUUGAAGAAUUAGGAGCAGUAGGAGGCAGCAAUCUCACACCUCAUGAUGCUAACCUUGGAAAUGUUUCUAAUGAUAAUGAGCACUGGCAAAUUGUUGGAAAGGAUUCAGAAGAAAAUGUAGAGAACUUAAAAGAAAAUUCAAAAAAAACUACCUCUACAGAAAAUGACACCUCCUCAAGCAUUCCGAAAAAUAACCCCUCUGUUCAUUCUUCUGUAACCACGUUAGCUGUAUUUAAUGACCGAGGUUUAGCUUCUGUUUCACCGCUCGACUCUAUUGAUGUUCAACGACAACGACGCAUUCUUCGAAGGCGUUCAGACGGUUACAUUUAUAAUCAAAAUCGGGCUAAUACCGCAGCUGCACUAGAUAUGAUGUAUGAUGUUAUUCAACCUGAUGUUGGAGUUCAUUUUCCCCUUCCAGGCCGAAGCAAUGUUAAUCACAUAAUCACAAACAAUAUGUCACCAGUUGAUGAAGAAUCCGAUAAUGAAAGCGAGGAACAAAUAUCGAUUACUCGCAAACGUCUCAAAAAAACAUGUGCAACAUGUGGUAAAAGUAAAAAAAAUUUAAAAAAGCAGGUGCUCAAAUUUAAAAAACACUUAGAAAAUUCAAAUAUAACUGAAGAGGAAAUAAAGCAAGAACUAGAUGCAUUUUUGGAAUAUUUAGAAAAUCGUUCCAAAUCAUUUGAUGGUUCUGAAGAUUCGGAAGGUUCGAAUCGGGAAUUUCAAAUCGAUUUAGGAACUUUGGGACAUCGAUUAGCAGAAUUACAUUACGAAGCGGCAGCAGCUGCGGCUUUGUUAGGAGAUGAUGAAGGAAUUCAUGUUUACGCGCACAAUGAAGAUGACGGACCGUUAAUUACAAAUGGACGUUAUGAUAAUCGCUUCUUAAAUUUAAAUGACUUUCAAACGAAGGAGGAAAUUGACGAGUUAUCCGUAAAACAAUUAAAAGAAAUAUUAAUGCUUAACAGAAUUGAUUACAAAGGAUGCUGUGAAAAACAUGAACUUUUAGAAAGAGUACACAGACUUUGGAAAGACUUACAGGAAUGUCCAGCUGUAGAAAAAUUACCUACUGACGAUCUUUGCAAAAUAUGUAUGGAUGCACCAAUAGAAUGCGUUAUUUUGGAAUGUGGUCAUCUAGCAACUUGUACAAAUUGUGGUAAAGUUUUAAACGAAUGUCCCAUUUGUCGACAAUAUAUAGUUAGGGUAGUCCGUUUCUUCAGAGCAUAAAUAGUCAAUACAUAAAAAGAUUCAAAUAUAAAAAGGUUUAUAUUUUAAACUUGCAAAACUUUCAAUUAAAAUCUUGUAUAAAAAGUAACUUAAUAAUAUAAUUUUUGCGUAACCACUUAAAUGUAAAUAUGUACUAUAUAUUUGAAUUAUAAAAAAUAUUUGGCGAAAAUCUCAAAAUAUUUAAUCCUCUAAUGCUCUAAUAAAUCUUAAUCCCAUAAUAAGUUUUGUCUUCAAAGCAUUACAAACCUAUAAUUUGGAAUCUUGUUACUAUUUCAAUUAUCUACAAUAUUAGAAAUCAGAUAUUAAAUGCUCGUAGUUUUCAUUGGUUAUACAUGUUUAUAUUAAUAAAUUAGUUAUAGCCAUAAGUUGAAAUUAUCUAGAGCGGCAGGGAACUAAUUCUGCUCUAGUAUAAUCUAGAGAUUAUACUAAUUCUGCCUUGAAGUGCUUACGUGCAUUAGAGAAUUAAAUAAUAACAAAAAUUAUAAAUACGUAUGUACGUAUGACGUCAAAAUAUAAAUUAUAUAAUUACAUAAUGCAUAAUAUGUAUAUAAAAUUUAUUUAUUUCCAUAAACCAAAUUCAGUCAAAUUCAUGGAAGUAACAAAAUUCGUUUCUAAGUUUUCUUUACUGUAUUUUAAAUUUUCAACUUGCAAAUUUUGUUUCGUUAAUUUAAAUUCUUUAAUUUUAUUUGGACAAUAUUUUAAAUAUUAAAUUCAAACAUAAGAAUUUAUAAGAAAAUAAUUAAAACUAAAUAUAUGGUUUAGUAUACUUAUAUCGCGUGCUUAGGGAGGUUUCUUUAUCAAUCUAGCUUAUGUUCUUUGUUUAGUACAUUAUUAUAAAUAUUUGAUCUCACAAAGUAUGUAAAUAAAGUGUACGAAUCAACUCUACGGCUUAUUUAAAAUGACAACCGAGAGGGGUUAGAAUUGCUUUAACAUAUAAGACUGUGCUCUACUAUAGGUUGCCAAGAUCAGGAGAAAGGAAUUGAAAACAGUGCUAAUACUCCUUUUUUUGCUAUUUUUAUUUUUUUUUAUUAUUUACAAAAUAUAUUUGAAUUAAAUCAACUAAUUAUAUGUUUAAAUUAAUUAAGAAUAGUUUUUUAUGCCUAUAUGUAUACAAUUACAUGCAUAACAAAUAAUGUACUUUAUAUUUUUGAGGAAUUUCUUAAAGCAAAAUUUAUAAAGCUUUAACGUUUUUGCAUUUCGUCUGCAAUAUUUUGUUU